CCGAAAGGGGGGGAUCGCUCGCCAUCAUUUUGCGAUUUCGGGACGAGGAACGGUCAAUGAAGCUCACGGUGAAGACGCUGCAGGGCGUAUCGUACCCGAUCGAAGCCGAACUGGAAGACACGGUGCUGAGCGUGAAAGGCAAGGUUGAGGCGGUGAACGGUGCCGCUGUCGACAACCAAAAGCUCAUCCAUGCAGGCAAAGUGCUCAAGGACGACAGCAAGUUGUCCGAGUACAACGUGAAGGAGAACGAUUUCUUGGUUGUUAUGGUGACCAAGCCAAAGGUUGUGCGAAAAACUGCCGCUGAUCCUGCACCACCGUCGACUCCUGCCGCGGCUCCGGUCGCUGCACCUGCUGCCGUGGCCCAACCACCUGUCCAAACCCCGGCACCGUCUACAGCCUCUUCUACAACCGCCACAACGUCCACGCCCGCGGCUGGUGCUCCCGGUAUCGUCGUCGGUGAAGCUCUCAGCGAAACAGUCCGUCAGCUUGUUGACAUGGGGUUUCCAGAAGACCAGGUCCGUGCUGCGCUGCAAGCUGCGUUCCACAAUCCCGAACGUGCUGUCGAGUACCUGAUGAACGGAAUCCCCGAACAACCCGCCGCGCCGCCUGCAUCGACCACUGCACCUGCAUCUGGCGGUCUCGGCGCGCCAACAUCUCUUGAAGCACUCCGCCACCAUCCUCAGUUUGAUGCGCUUCGACGCAUGAUCCAGGCAAACCCGUCGGCUCUACCCACGGUGCUCCAGCAAAUUGGCGCGCAGAACCCUCAGUUGCUACAAUUGAUUCACCAGAAUCAAGAGCAAUUUGUUGCCAUGUUGAACGAACCGAUUGCGGAAGCAGCAACGCCAUCAGCAACGCCGUCGGUGCCGGCGUCGCCGUUUGGUGACAGCGGGGCGGACGGGAUGCCGACGCCGCAGCAACUCCAGCAACUCAUGGCGUCGUUGUCGCCCCAGCAGCAAGCUGCGAUGGCGGCGCAGAUGGGCAUGACGUACGAACAGUUGCAGCAGUUCACGCAGAUGCUCAACACGAUGCCGCCCGAAGCGAUGGCUCAACUGAUGCAACAAAUGGCUGGCGGUGAAGGUGGACACGGCGCGCCGACGCGAAUCCACUUGACGGAAGAAGAAGCGGCGGCGGUCGGGCGUCUCGUUGACAUGGGGUUUGACCGAAAUGAAGUGAUCCAGGCCUACUUGGCGUGCGACAAGAACGAAGCACUGGCGGCCAACUUUCUCAUGGACUCGAUGUCGGGCGACUACGCCGAUGCGAGUGGCGGCGACUCGAACGACGACAUUUAUGGGUAGAGAGAUAAUGAUUCUUGUGGCUCUCCUCCAUAUACGUCGGGAAGUUCUUGUGGCCACCGCCGCCUCCUGCUUCCGCGCACGACGUGAGUUCCCUUCAAAAUUUCUCACCGAUUUCCUCCGCUCAAAAUGUCGAGCAAUUUGUCAUCGGACUGGAAUGGUAACAUGUUUUGAGCGGAAGAAGCAAUUUAAAUUUCAAAGUGAAUGAAAUGCUACCUUGACUA